AUGUUCCAUGAUGCUAAAUGUACCAUCGACAAUCCAACUGUUAAAUACAAGUCUUACCAUUCAGGUGAUCUCAUCAUUGGUGGUGUUAUUUCUCUGAUCUACUUGAUGUCUAACCUAAUCACCUUCAAAAGAAUUCCAUCUGAAGAACUUAUUGAUGAUCCCUUGUAUGUAGCUGUCUAUUUCACGGCAACAUGGACUUACCUUGCUUCUAUGGAGCUUCUUUCUUCACAUGACAAAUUUGUUCCCAACUACAAAGCCAGCAUCCACCAAAACUUAGCAUGUGUUAUUGCCGGGCCAAACUCUGAACUCUUUCAGGCUAUGGCAGAUAUCCUGAGUAUUUACAAGAUUCCACAGGUUACAUAUGGCUCUGCUCCAGUGACGGAUAACAGGAUUCAUACAGCUCUCUUUUAUCAAAUGUUUCCAAAUGAACAUCUUCAAAUUAUGGGGAUUCUCCAGUUGCUGCUUCAUUUUAAGUGGUCCUGGAUUGGGAUGCUUUUUCAACAAAAUGAGAUUGCUGAAAGAUUUAUCAGAGAAGUGCUUGUCAUAUUUUCCCAGAAUGGAAUAUGUUUCGAUUACAUUGAAGAGUUUUCAACAAUAACUUUUUCAAAUGAUUUGGGAGAAAAAAUGGAUAAUUUUCUUCAAAUAUACAAAGUUGUUAUGACAAGCAUAUCUAGUGUUGUGAUUGUAUAUUGUGAAAACCAGGUUAUGGCUCUUUUCAGAAUAAUCUCUGUUUCAGAAUAUUUGGACACAACAGUAGAGAGAAAAGACAAAGUUUGGAUUUUUUCAGCCCAGAUGGAAUACACUUCACUUCCAUUUCAAAGAGACAGCAGUAUGGACUUCAUCCAUGGGGCUCUUUCUUUCUCAGUUUCCUCAAAAGAAUUAUUAAGAUUCAAGACAUUUCUUCAGAUGAGAAACAGUGUUCCAGAAGAGGAAGAUAGUUUUUCAAGGGUCUUUUGGGAACAAGCCUUUGGAUGUUCCUUCUCAAAUUCCACUUUAAAUACAAAGUCAGAAGAAAGGUGCAGUGGGGAAGAGAAGUUGGAGAGUCUUCCAGACUCUGUUUUUCAACUGGGCAUGACUGGGCAAAGCUACAGUAUCUACAAUGCAGUCUAUGGUGUGGCACAUGCUCUCCAAGCCAUGCAUACAUCCCACUUCAAGCACAGAGCAAUAACUGCUAGAGGGAAGCAGAAGCUUCUCAGUCAUCAAGUGUGGCAACUUCAUCACUACCUGAGAAAAGUCUCAUUUAACAACAGUGCUGGAGAAAACAUACUAUUUGACAAGAAUGGGAAGGUUGCAACUGGCUUUGAUAUUAUCAACUGGGUCACCUUUCCAAAUCAAUCCUUUCUUAGAAUCAAAGUUGGGAAAGUAAAUCCAUCAACUCAGCUAGAAAGCCUUCUUUCUCUAUCGGUAGAUAACAUUGUCUGGCCCAAGCUUUUUAACCAGACACAACCUGUUUCUUUGUGCAAUGCUCAUUGCUCCUUGGGAUAUAGCAAGGUCAAAAUAGAAGGGAAGCCAUUUUGCUGUUACAAAUGCCUUUGUUGCCCAGAAGGGAAAAUUGCCAACCAGACAGAUUUAGAUGACUGUAUCCCAUGUCCUAAAGAAAACUACCCUAAUAAGAACCAGGAUCUGUGCAUUCAAAAACAUACAACCUUCUUGUCUUAUAAAGAACCCUUAGGAAUCACCUUGACUAGUGCUGCUUUCUUUUUUUCUUUCAUCUCAGCUGUGGUACUGGGGGUCUUCAUUAAAAAUCAGGACACUCCCAUUGUCAAAGCUAACAACCGGAACCUCACCUACACUCUUCUCGUUGCUCUCUUCCUCUCUUUCCUUUGCACUUUGCUGUUCAUUGGACAACCUGACCAAGUAAAAUGUCUCAUGAGACAAACUUCUUUUGGCAUCAUAUUCUCUGUAGCCCUUUCCUGUAUAUUGGGUAAAACAACCAUAGUGGUCCUUGCUUUCAUGGCCACCAAGCCAGGCUCCAAAAUGAGGAAAUGGGUGGGGAAAAGGCUGGCCAGCACUAUUGUCCUGUCUUGCUCCCUGGUACAAGUCAUCAUUUGUAGUGUGUGGCUAGCAAAUUCUCCCCCAUUCCCAGAUUCAGACAUGCAUUCCAUGGUUGAUGAAAUUGUUCUGGAAUGUAAUGAAGGCUCAGCCAUUAUGUUUUAUAUGGUCCUUGGUUAUAUGGGUUUCUUGGCUUCUAUCAGCUUUACGGUGGCCUUUCUAGCCAGGAAGUUACCUGAUAGCUUUAAUGAAGCCAAAUUUAUCACCUUCAGUAUGUUGGUCUUUUGCAAUGUCUGGAUAUCCUUUUUUCCCACCUAUCUGAGCAGCAAAGGAAAAUACAUGGUGGCUGUGGAGGUCUUCUCCAUUUUGAUGUCUGCAGCUGGAUUACUGUGCUGUAUCUUUUCCCCCAAAUGCUAUAUUAUUAUUCUGAGGCCUGAUUUGAACAGAAAGAGGCAGCUAACAAAGAAACACAUGUGA